UUAUGGGUGUGCAAAUAACUGGAUGACACUCUCUAAUGCUUGAAAAUUAAAUUCCUGUUAGACAUAUAUUAUUUAUUUCAGUACUUUUCAUUCAUGCAAAGCAACUUGCAGAGAAAGUCCUCUUGAUCAAAACACAGCAGGAUUCUCGGAGUGCACUGGACAGCAAUUCAGUCAAAAAUGCUGAAUCUUAUUUUAGUUCUCGCUGGAGUUUGUGCAGUGGGCAUGGCAAUGCCGUUACCUGAUUUUUACUCUUACUCACCUGCUGUUGGGGAUGGAAGUGGAGUUUCAUUUUCCACUGCCCAUGAAAGUCGCAUUACAGGCAUUCGAAUCUGGGAGUAUCCAAACGCUUACAUUACUGGGAUUCAGCUAAAAUAUGGCAACGACUGGACAGACGUGGUUGGUGGGACCUAUGUCAAUCUAAUGGAGUGGACGCUAAAUGACAAUGAAUUCAUCAUUCAGGUCUCUGGAAAGUACGACUAUAGUUACUAUAGUUACAUCUAUCAGCUUAUGUUUGUCACUAAUAAAGGGCGCAUAUUUAAAGUUGGGCAGCCUUCAGGCACAUCGUUUAACUUCUACCCCGCUCAUGAUGGAGCUGAGCUGCGUUUCCUAAGUGGUCGACAGAAUGGCAAUGGCAUCACCUCCAUUGGUGCUCAUUGGGCUAUGUAUUACCCCAGUCAAACCACCACUACUGGCACCACUACUGCAGUUCCAUCUUAAAAUUACUCAGUGUGCUGUACCUUUGCUUUAACUGCAAACUAAGCAAACAGCUACAGACACUUCUUGUCCUGUCUACACAUUUAUUUCUUUUAACAACAGUACAUAGCAAAACAGUUUGUUGUGUUUUUUUUAGCACAUGGCAUGAUGUAUGUGUUUUAUAUAAUCUCAUGAUUUUUUUUUAAUCUAAAACUUAUACAAACAACAUUUUAAAGGAAACUAGAACUAAAUGAGAUAUUAAAAGAAUAUAUAAAGUAAAAUGGUUUUUGAUUUUUACUGGAUGUGAUGAAAAUGUUUAUGUUCACAGUGAUUUUGAAUAAACAUGUUUACCAAAUGCAUAAUGUAAAGGUACAUUUAUAGUACGGUACCCGUAUUUACACACAUUAAUUCUUAGUUCUUGACGUAGGAAGUCACUCAACUAUGCAGAAAAAUGCAUGUGCAUGGAUAUGCAGUAUAUAUUG